GUUAUCAUGGAACUCCGUGUCGGCAACAGAUACCGUCUCGGUCGAAAAAUCGGCUCGGGCUCAUUCGGAGACAUCUAUCUAGGCACCAACAUCACAACCGGUGAGGAGGUCGCCAUAAAGUUGGAGUGCGUCAAAACGAAACACCCCCAAUUGCACAUUGAGAGCAAGUUCUACAAAUGCAUGCAAGGCGGUGUCGGUAUCCCUCAGCUGAAGUGGUGCGGUUCCGAAGGCGACUAUAAUGUGAUGGUGAUGCAAUUGUUAGGACCUUCGCUCGAGGACUUGUUCAACUUCUGCCAGCGGAAAUUCUCGCUCAAAACCGUUCUGUUGCUAGCCGACCAGCUGAUCUCUCGCAUCGAGUUCAUCCACUCGAAGAACUUCAUCCAUCGAGACAUCAAACCCGACAAUUUCCUCAUGGGUCUCGGCAAGAAGGGCAACGUCGUCUACAUUAUCGACUUCGGUCUCGCCAAGAAGUAUCGAGACUCCCGGUCGCAGACACACAUCGCCUACAAGGAGAACAAGAACCUCACGGGAACGGCGCGAUACGCCUCAAUCAACACGCACUUAGGAAUUGAACAAAGUCGUCGCGACGAUCUCGAGUCUCUCGGCUAUGUUUUGAUGUACUUCAACCGGGGCUCGUUGCCGUGGCAAGGGCUUCGGGCCAACAACAAACGCCAGAAGUACGAAAGGAUCUCGGAAAAGAAGAUGUCGACGUCGAUCGAGGACCUGUGCAAGAUGUUCCCUUCCGAGUUCAACACCUAUCUCAGCUACUGCCGAUCGCUACGUUUCGACGAGCGUCCCGACUAUUCAUAUCUGCGACAGCUCCUCCGUAAUCUGUUCCAUCGACAGGGCUUUACGUACGACUACAUCUUUGACUGGAAUAUGCUCAAGUUUGGCAACACUAGGUUCCCUGCCGACCCUACCGUCCCGCCACAGCAACAACAGCAGCAGGCAUCCGCUCCCGGAAUGCAGAUGGCUAGGCCUCUCGCCGCACCCAUGGGCGGUGCAAUGGUCGGGAGCAGUUCUGCCGCAAUACAUUCAGCCGAGGAACAGAGGCAGAUGUCAUCGAGGGGACUAGCGUCGGGUUUCCCCACCACGUCGACGGGUCAAAUCAUCGGAGUGGGACAAGCGAUGGGAGGUGCACCAUUGGGCGUUACAGCGGCGCUAUCGUCGAUCGCUGGUGGAGCUUACCCAAGUCUGGUGGGCCGCCCUACCCGCUGAUGGUAACCGGACUGCAUCCGUAUAAUAUAGUGUUAGAGAUGUGUAAAAUUCAAUCGUCGUCCCUCUCGUCGAAAUUGUGCACACGAUGAUGAUGACGACGUCGAGGACGACGAUGAAAACGACGAUAGCUACAUCAAAACGGUGACCACAAACACAAACCAAGCCAGCUACGGGAGAUUCGUACGCGACUCGCUCCCGUAAAUGUACAUUGAUAGAUGAUCAGGCGACGGCGGAACGGUGUCCAAUCUACCUGAGGCAUUUACACAAGAGAAUACAAAAUCCACACAGGCAACCAUAAGGGCCGGACACGGGGCCAGUGAGAGUUCUGUUUUCGGAGGAGUUUUAGAGGAAAUGAUUUUAACGAUGCAGUAAAGGAUGAGCUAUCCAUCGGGAGAACGGACAUCUCACCUUGUUCAAGUGCCGAUCGGGCAUCGUUGGAGCCACAAGUCGAUUCUCGACACUGCAUCGUCUCCACCAGCUGUCAAUGUCUCAGCCACGAGGGUCCCGGUACCAGAAGGUUGACAAUGCUGCCGUGGUGUAGACGAAGCGUGGUUUUUCUCCUACUGCAUAUUUUCAUCCACCCAUGUGUUUCUUCGUUGUUCGCCAGCGACUCUCUCUUCGAAGCGGAAGUUCCUCACGAGGAAAAACUUGUUGCCAACUCGGCCUCGUCGCGAUCUCGGUGUCAAGGGAGGGUGUCAGCUCAGUUCUCUGCCGGCGACUGGGGUCAGAAUAGGGAAUCGGCGAACGGUGCCCGAGGAAGGCACAGGGACCGAAAACAGUUCAAGAUGUAACAGAAACAACAGAAACAAUUACUAGCACGGUCGACGAAAGCAUCGGUCACGCUCGAGUUCCGUGAAAUCAUUGUCGCCGAUUCGAAUCAUUCCAUGAAGAGAAAUGCCGACCGUCGCGAAACUGAAAUGGGAAAUUGCAGAGAUAGCCGAAGAGUUCACGAUUCGGGAAUCUCAGUGAACUUCUCGAUGCGCGAGAAGAACGAGGGAGAAUUGAAUCGGAAGAGGUCGUGCCUGAAUGAACGAGGAGCACAAUGUGUGGAUGUUGAAUCUGAGGAUCAACUCUUGUUGUGAAAUGGUAAUAUUACUGUAUAUGUUUUUUUUUCUCGGGACUCCGCUUUGAUACGUGUUAUUGCGUGACAUUGCGUGACCGGCAACGAAAUCCCGAACGCGCCACGCCGCGUCGGAAGCGCCGCUGUCGAGAGGAUUCCGCUUAGGCGAGCUGAUAUGUGAAAAAUAGUGUAAUAAAUUUUGUCGAAAUAUGAUGAUGGUAAUGUACGAAUCGAUAGACACUGGUCUGAUCAGUGCUUUCGCAUACACCGGCGAAAACCGCGAUCUACGAUACUGUAUGAGUUAAAGACAACACAACAAACACGACAGUAGGGAUUUAGACUUUUCCAAGCAGCUGGAAGGUGAAGCAGCUGAGGAUUUUUUGAGACUCCUCCAAAAAAUUCCUCGUCCACUUCCGCAAUCUCUUGGACAUCUUCUCUUUCUGAUGCUCACCAUCGGACGGUCUUUCUGGACUUCUUCACUCGCUCUUUCUAUCUUUAUGAGGCGUCUCGUCGACUAAGAUGGUUCUCGCGAAUCCGCUAAAAACCAGAAGAUUUCUCCCCUUGAGGAACCAAAUUGUCCCGGUCGUUCUCCCGAAAUGAAAGCUGAAACUUCUCUCGAUGGGAAGCGGAAAGAAAAAACUGCGAGAGUAUCUUUCUCUGAAUCAUUUCAUUAUCUCGAUAACCAUCCCUGAAUGUUUCAUCCUUCUCAUCCCCUCGUUAAUGGAACACAUGAGGAAUCGUGUCUUUUCUCUCCCGGAGUUGCCAAGUUAGAACGAAGGAAAAGUCGGAGAAAGACUCUGUUUUCGACGAACUCUGUCACGGAUCUGACUGAUUCUGCCGGCAAUCGUAGAUUCAAUGAGAUUUUUACUAUGAAACAUUUCGAUUGAGGAUCCAGACUCGAACUUGAAUGG